AUGGGUUCCAAAAAUGUGGAGAGUAAAGCAUGGAAAUGGGGUUUAGGUUUGAUAUAUAUAAUAGCUGUUGCACUAAUAUGGAUAGCUGCUAGCUUUGUAGUGCAAUCUGUUGUAGAUGAUGGUGUAUCACCAUUUCUUGUUACUUACAUAUGUAAUUCUUUGUUUGUGGUCUUGCUUCCAAUCGUUGAGAUCGGGAGAUACUUCGAGGAUUCUUACAGUGGUUUAUCGUUUUGGAAGAGUGAUAAGAGUAAAACACAUUUGGAAGGGAGGUUAGAGGAGUCUGAGCAGGCUAUACUUCUUAGAGAUAAUGAAGCAAGCGGUGAAGUUGUUGAGUCGUUGGAUGUGAUUGAAGAUAGGAGCGAUGGUUCUGAAUUGAUUCCUUCUGGUAAUGUAGUUGGAGGGUUGGUUGGUCGAGUUUCUUUGAUUGAAAAUGUUGAUCAAAGAGGGUUGGAUGAGAAAGGGCGUUGGACACGUUGCAGAGUCGCCAAAGUUAGUUUGUUUAUAUGCCCCUUUUGGUUUUUAGCUCAGCUCACUUUUAAUCUGUCGUUGAAAUAUACUACAGUUACAUCAAAUACAAUCUUAAGCAGUGCAUCCAGUCUUUUUACCUUCUUGGUUUCCCUAGCUUUUUUGGGUGAGAGGUUUACAUGGUUAAAGCUCUUUAGUGUUCUUCUUUGCAUGGGAGGGACAAUAAUUGUAAGUCUUGGUGAUUCACAAUCUGGUUUAAGAACAGUUGCAUCAAAUCCUCUUCUUGGAGACAUUUUUGCGCUUUCUUCAGCAGGAUUAUAUGCAGUGUAUAUCACCCUUAUUCGCAAGAAAUUAAAUGAUGACGAUGGAAAGAACGGUGAAGCCAGUAUGGCUCAGUUUCUUGGAUUUCUCGGGCUUUUCAAUGUUUUACUCUUUCUUCCAGUUGCCCUUAUACUCAAUUUCACUAAGACUGAACCAUUUUAUAUGCUUACUUGGAAGCAGCUUGGUCUGAUUAUUGGCAAAGGAUUACUGGACAAUGUGCUUAGUGAUUACUUAUGGGCCAAGGCUGUUCUUCUUACAUCAACCACAGUAGCUACCGCUGGACUCACAAUUCAAGUCCCAUUGGCUGCCAUUAUUGAUACCUUCACUGGAAAUUCUCCUCCCUUCAUGGAUUACCUUGGAGCAGUAGCCGUUAUGAUCGGCUUUGCAGGAAUCAAUAUUCCGGCCGAUACUUUUAGCAAAUCAACAGAAUCUAGUGCUGUGGAAUUGAAAAAUGAGGAUGUGAGUAUAAGGGAUGAAGAGCAUGCUUUGCCAGGAACACAAGAUUCAGCCGCUGUACUGUAA